AUGGACGAGUGGGUAAACCCUGUGGUGGGGCCGCACAACGGAACACGACUCAGCGAUAAAAAGAACAAAUUACCGAGGAACAACCAGAACAGGGAUGAAUCGCAGAAGCAUCAGGGCCAGUGGAAGAAGCCCGUCCCGAAAGGUUACCGGCUGCGGGACGGCCGGCUGACGGGCGGCCAGCGGCUGCUGUGCGCCGGCGUGGCGGGGGCGCUCAGCCUGAGCCUCACCGCGCCGCUCGAGCUCGCCACCGUGCUGGCCCAGGUCGGCGCCCGGCGGGGCCGGGCCCGGGGGCCGUGGGCCGAGGGGCUCCGGGUGUGGCGCGCCGAGGGGCCCCGGGCCCUGUGGAAGGGGAACGCGGUGGCGUGCCUGCGCCUCUUCCCCUGCAGCGCCGUGCAGCUCGCCGCCUACCGCAAGUUUGUCGUGCUGUUCACGGAUGACCUGGGCCAUAUUUCCCAGUGGAGAUCUAUCAUGGCCGGGAGUCUCGCAGGCAUGGUUUCCACUGUUGUGACCUACCCUACAGACCUCAUCAAAACCCGGCUGACUGUGCAGAACCUGCUGGAACCAUCUUACCGAGGGAUCUUCCAUGCUUUUUCUACCGUCUAUCAACAAGAAGGGUUCCUAGCCCUUUACCGAGGGGUUUCCCUUACUGUUCUAGGUGCUCUCCCGUUCUCUGCCGGCUCCCUUCUCGUUUACAUGAACCUGGAGAGAAUCUGGAAUGCACCCCGAGAUCGGUUCUCUCUCCUCCAGAACUUUGCCAAUGUCUGCCUGGCCGCUGCAGUAACCCAGACCCUCUCCUUUCCUUUCGACACAGUGAAGAGAAACAUGCAGGCUCAGAGCCCGUGCCUUCCGCACCGUGGAGGAGUGGACGUCCAUUUCUCAGGAGCGGUGGACUGCUUCCGGCAGAUAGUCAAGGCCCGAGGGGUCCUGGCGCUCUGGAACGGACUGACACCCAACUUGCUAAAGAUAGUUCCGUAUUUUGGAGUUAUGUUUGGCACCUUUGAGUUCUGCAAGAGAAUCUGUCUCUACCAAAACGGUUACACUGUGUCUCCUCUGAGCUAUCAGCUGACCCCAGGGGUGGAUCAGAGUUUGAAGCCCCAGGAAUUACGGGAAUUUAAAAAGUUCUUCAAAACCAGACAGCUGAAGUCUAAGAAACCAACUCUUUAAAACCGAAUGGAGCAAGAAGGGCACUGACUGAAGGCGGGUUACAGUCACGGAAAAGAGGUAGCCUCGGAAUUGCGUGUGCGUGGAGCGACAAGCGGGUCCUCCUGUCUGCUGCUCUCGGAAAUGAGAAGGUUGAGCCGCGUAUCGCCUCCGAGAUCCGAUCUGAUGUCCUGGUGAACACCUGUGCCAGGGGAAGUUUCCCAACGUGACCGUUUUGUGGCAGCAUUCCACCCGAUUUCAUAACAAAACGUGGCUGUAGCGAAAUGUGCAACGUACACGUGCAACUUACACGACACCAAAGAAAUGGCACCGCCGUGACCUCAAAGCAAAGUGUAGCUGGAGUGGCCGAGCGGAUACAUACCACACCGUGAGCUUAGCCGCAGGGUCACAGCUUGCACUAAGCCACACUGGCCUAGCUUUGCUCCAUUUGACCCGAGGCUUCCCAACAUAGCUGCUCUGAAACUCCCAAUCCUUGCUGACUCCGGAGUGCACACGCUAUAGCGUAAAUUACACCUUCUCAGAAACUAAAUCAAAACGUUUAACAUUUAAAAAUGAUCACUGCCGUAGUAGAAGCAUCCUUCUUUAUUUAAAUUUGAAGUAUCUCGGGGCGCCCGGGUGGCUCAAUCGCUUGAGCAUCCGACUUCGGCCCAGGUCAUGAUCUUGCAGUUCACGAGUUCAAGCCCCACGUCGGGCUCUGUGCUGACAGCUCAGAGCCCGGAGCCUGCUUUGGAUUCUGUGUCUCCCUCUCUCUCUGCCCCUCCCCUGCUCGCGCUCUGUCUCUCUCUGUCUCUCUCAAAAAUAAAUAAACAUAAAAAAAAAUUUUUUAGGGGCACCUGGGUGGCUCCAUUGGUUAAGCGUCCGACUUCGGCUCAGGUCAUGAUCUCACGGUUUGUGAGUUUGAGCCCCGCGUGGGGCUCUGUGCUGACGGCUCAGACCCCGGCGCCUGCUUCGGAUUCUGUGUCUCCUCCUCUCUCUGCCCCUCCCAUGCUCAUGCUUAUGCUCUGUCUCUCAAUAAUAAAUAAAUGUUAAAAAAAAAAAAAACACUAAAAAUUUUUUUUUUUAAUUUAAACUAUCUCAAGCUGAGGAAUUUCAGGAAUCUUGUUUCAAGAAGGCAGUUUUUACUGUGACCGCUUAAUUAUACCCCAAAAGAGCUUCUUCCAGUUGAAGUCAUGUGCAGGUGAAGGGGCCUGAAUUCUCCACCUUUUUAACUUGCUUUAACUUGCAAGCUUACCCUGGAAAUAAAUUAGUCACGUUAUUCUCACAAGAUGUCCCCGUUGCCUAAAAAGGAUCAAAUAGAACAUUUGACACACAUAUCAAAAGUACAUAUAUAACUGAACAAAACCGCUUCAGGCUAAUCAUCUCUACUAGAUUUUUUAAAAAUCACAUUUCAGAUUAUUCCACCUUAAGGACUCCAUGUCAAGUUUCUAUAGCUGUACUUUCCAAUAGUGCCUAUGUAUGCAUUAAAAAACAGUAAAAUUGUUAAUUUACACAUGCAUAAACACACACACACACACACACACACACACACGGGCUUUUGGUAUGUUGAAAGUAUUUGGGGGGCGCCUGGAUGGCUCCAUUGGUUAAGCGUCCGACGUCGGCCCAGGUCAUGAUCUCGCGGUCCGUGAGUUCAAGCCCCGUGUCGGGCCCUGUGCCGACAGCUCGGAGCCCGGAGCCUGUUUCGGAUUCUGUGUCUCCCUCUCUCUCUGACCCUCCCCCAUUCAUGCUCUGUCUCUCUCUGUCUCAAAAAUAAAUAAACAUUAAAAAAAAAUUUUUUUUAAAGUAUUUUGCCCUAUUAAAUUUAUUUCCCAAAGAAAAAUGUGUGGUCAUUUGUUACUAAUGUGAGUUGUAGCUGUAGCCCGGUCUGUUUGUUACAGUUUGGAGGGUGGCAAAUUCUUUCCCCACAGGGAGGCAUCAUAUUUAUUACUCUUCAUUUUCCUGGAGGUGAACAAUUUUGUUUUCACUUGUAAAAUCUACAAAAAGAAAUUAUUUUUUUUACUCGAUCUAAAAUCCUAACCUCAGGGUACUUACAUCAUGUUAAUAUCCUCUGUGUAUUUUUCCACAGGGUUGACUUUUUCAAUAAAGUUACGUGGUGAAAAGGAAUGCCUCAUUGUUCUAAUUUCGGGACCACUCUUAAAACUCUAAUUUGGGGGCGGGGCGCCUGGCUGGCUCAGUCAGAAGAGCAUGUGACUCUUGAUCUCGAGAUCAUGAGUACGAGCCCCCUGCUGGACGCAGAGACUACUAAAAAUACAUUUUUGUAAAUCCCCCUAGUUUUGUCCUAAAAGAAACUUCCAGCUUAUUUUCAUUUUCUCAGGGGUGUGAAGGGAGCGUUCUGCUUUUCUGCUUUAUGGCUGGCAGGGUGCACCAAACUGGGUUGGUUAAACGUCCGACUUCAGCUCAGGUCACGAUCUCGUGGUUGGUGAGUUCGAGCCCCGGUCGGGCUCUGUG